UUUGACUGGAGUAAACAACUUUGAGCCACCAUUGCCCUUACUUUUCACAGCAGUGCUUUAAUGCCUCGCGAUGAUGCUCAUUUUGGUCUUGGUCCUGCUGAUAGUUCAGUUUGGAGUUGGGCAAAGUUCUCAGAAACAUCUCCAUGAAGAUCAUUACAUCGGUCAGCAACACAACCCUGACCAUGACAUGGCUGUGCUGCUCGGCGAAGAGAACACUGAUACAAUAAAGAAACUCAGUCCAGCAGAGCAGCAGAAGAAGAUGAUCGAAAUUGUUAAAAAGAUUGAUAGGAAUGGUGACGGUCUUCUAAGCGCAGAGGACAUCACUCUUUGGAUUCAGCAUGUCUACAGAAAGUAUGCUCUGGAAGAUGCGAAGGAGCGGUUCCCAGAGUUUGACAUUAACAAAGAUGGUGUGGUAACAUGGGAGGAGUAUAAUUCUGUUGCUCACGGCCAGCUCAUUAGUUUUGAUGACAACAGAGUUCUGGAUGACCCAGAGCAAGAGUCUUUAAGAAAACUCUACUUAAAGGAGAAGCAUCGCUUUGAUUACGCAAACAUGGAUGGCUCACCUGGCCUCAACAUAACAGAGUUUCUUGCCUUCACGCACCCAUCUGAAGUGGAUCAUAUGGCCGACUUUGCCAUUGAAGACGUGCUGAAUGAAUAUGAUACCAAUAAAGAUGGAUUCAUCUCUUUAAGUGAGUUUAUUGGUGAUGUGCGUGGCGAAGGGGAAGCUCCAUCGCAGUGGGAGAUUGAAGAAACAAUUCGGUUUAAAGAACUGUAUGACCAAGACAAGGAUGGCAGACUGAAUCGAGACGAGCAGCUGCGGUGGGUCGCUCCUAACAGCUACGGUUCAGCAAGAGAGGAAGCUCUUCACCUCAUCAAGGAAAUGGACUACGACGGUGAUGGACAGAUUUCACUGGCCGAAGUUUUAAAAAACCAAGAAACCUUCAUGAACAGUGAAGUGACGGACUAUGGCAGAGAGCUUCAUGUGUCACACGAUGAAUUAUAGCCAAAUGUUUCUUGUUUCUUGUAGAAUAGUUUCUUUUUUCUAAAAAAAAAACAAAUAAAUAAACAAAAGUAAUGUCUA